AUAGGAGCAUAAUUUUGAAAAAGCUCAAGUUUAAAGAGUUUUUCAAGAGAUGAUGAAAAUUGGAAGUACCUUGAAAAAAUAGCGACACCUCAAAGCCCACAAUACCACCAUUGACGACGGGAUGAAAAGGUUCUGAUUUUUGAAAUCGGAACGUUGCCGCCGGAGAUCUGGUUCUCAUUUCUGUACCUUUCAGGUACGAACGUUCCGGAACGCCGUUUGGUGCAGCGUUUGGCGUUUCAGGGAUUAGAACAAUAUGGAUGAUCAAAGUGGUAUCCCAUAUUCAACCUCAAUCUCUGACCAAUCCUUAGAUUCAUCUAUUCAAAAAAAGCACGAAGCAAUGAUUGCACGCCUAUCAAACCGCCACCAAGCUCGUUUUCGUAGUAAAGAGACAGAUACUUCUCCGGCCUUUGAGUCGACUGAUGCAUUCCUUGCUCGCUUCUCUGACCUCAAGCAAUCAAUUAACACACAAAUUGCUGAAAUUGAUCAAACCCCGGAGUCAUUUACCAAAGCAGACCUUGAUAAUGUCACUGCUUUAAUUAGUGACCUCGAGAAGCUGCUUGCAGAAAAUUCUUACCACUUGCCUUCCUAUGAUGUUCGUGCUUCACUCAAGACUAUUUCUGACUUGAAAGAGUCCCUUGAUCAGGUGUCACUAAAGCUGGUUCCUAGAAAGAAGUUCUCUUUUAAAAGUAAAGCUGUGAAGCAGAACCAGCCAGUUGCCGUAGAAAAGGUCAAUGUUGAGAAGUCACAAGUGGUUCCUAGUGAUAAACCUCGUAUUUUAUUGGAUACCCCAGGGUUCAAAAACAGAGAGGGUGAGGUUCUGGUGGAGAAUUUGAAGGGAAAGGACAUGGGGGAAUUUACAUUGUCUGACCUCGGUUCAUGUGAGGUUAGGUUGAUAGGGAGGUCGAGGGCACUUUUUAUUCAUAAAUUAAGGAAUUGCAAAGUUUAUGCGGGGCCUGCUUUGGGUUCGGUGCUGAUAGAUGAUGUUGAAGGUUGCGUUUUUGUGCUGGCAUCACAUCAGAUUAGGAUUCACAACGCCAGGAGAUGUGAUUUUUACUUGAGGGUGCGGAGUCAUCCUAUAAUUGAGGACAGUAGCGAAAUGAGGUUUGCUCCCUAUUGUUUUCAAUACAAGGGGAUCGAGGAAGAUUUAAGGGAGUCAAGACUUGAUGAAGAGACUGGGUAUUGGGCAAACGUUGAUGAUUUUAAGUGGUUGCGUGCUGUUCAGUCUCCUAAUUGGUCUGUCAUUCCAGAAAAUGAACGAAUUAGCUUGUUUCAUGUUUCAAGUUCUAAUAGCUGAGGUUGCUAUGAUAUACUUUAUUGUAUUUAAAGUUUUUGAGUAUUGUAUUUUUUUGAGCAUGAUUUUAAUGCUAUGUGGAACUAGAUUAUUG